AUGGGGAUGAAAUAGGGAUGCAAUGGGGAUGCAUUGCUGCAGGGAUGCAGGCACCAUGGGGAUGCAAUGGGGGUGCAUUGGUGCAGGGAUGCAGGCACCAUGGGGAUGCAAUGGGGAUGUAAUGGGGAUGCAUUGCUGCAGGGAUGCAGGCACCAACAGCGGUGCCUGGCCCUGCUGCUGCUGCAGGACCCCCGAGACCCCCCUCCGUGCUCCCAUUUUUUGCACGCACGGAGCGGCCUCCAUGCAGCUCCCAUGCGCUGCGCUCCCCUCCCUCCUGGAGCAGCACUUUGGGACCCAACCCACAACCGACCCGUGUGGGGGCCAGCAGUGGUGGGAUUUUCCCCGGGGUUGGGGCUGCCACGCUGCUCCCCCUGCAGACCUGGAGGCGCUGCUGGCCGACCUGAGCUCCUUCCUGCUCCUCCUCGACCGGGAGAACCUCAGCGCCGCAGCCCGAGCCAAGAAGCAGUCGGUGGGAGAGCUGCUGCAACGGCUGCAGGGCCCGGCAGCAGCAGCAGCAGCAGAGGAUGCGGAGUACAUGAUGAUGCGCUGCCUCUCGCCUUCCUCGGGGACCCGGCAGUGCCGGGGUGGUGCAGGAGCUGCAGUGAUGGAUGCAAGAGGAGGGAGAGCGUGUGAGCGUCUCCAGGGCAGCACCCAGAGCUCACAGGUGGGGAGAAAGGCACGGGGCUCCUCGCCCCCCCCGCCACCCGAGGGUUCCUACGAAGACACCAAACCCCUCA